GGCAGACACCAGCUGCGCAGCCCCUGCGGCACGCUGAACGCCUCGACGAACCGUUGCCCCGCCGAUCCUGCAGCGUCAUCACCGCCAUUAGACUAUUGUGGCCGUUUCUGGAGGAUCAUCACAUGGAUCAUCAGACCAUGGGACCACAGCAACAGGAUGGUUUCUUCGGGUUUGUCGCGUGGUGAAGCGGCGGCGUUGCAGCAGCAUGGCCAGAGACUAUACCAGCAGGGCAACUUCAAAGCCGCCGUAGAGGCGUUUACUGAGGCCCUAAAAGUUAAAGAUGUCGAUGCAGUUGGUGUGCUUGAUGUUCGAGCUGCCACUUAUACCAAAUUGUCCCAGUAUGACCAGGCACUGCGAGAUGCCAGGCAUAUGGUUAAGAAAGAUAAACAUGAUGAACGAGGGUAUCUACGUUGCGCCAAGGCGCUUUUGUUGGAUGGAAAGCCCAGUAAAGCACUUGAAGUCUAUGCCUAUGGGCUAAAGACUUUGCCUAGUAAUCAUCCGCGUCGCAAGCUUGUGCAGCAACUUCAUGACAAGCUCCAGGAUAAGAUGACUGAAAAGUGUCUGGAUCCCUUCACUGUCUUGCCGUUGGAAAUGGCCGUUAUGGUCUUGCAACACUUUGACUUCAAGCAGAUUGUGGCUAUCCUGCGUGUCUCGCGCAAAUGGGAACAAUUUCUCACUUCAAUGAGAAAUCUAUGGAUGCAUGUCGAUCUCUCUGGUGGUCGUGGGAAAAUGAACUGGACCUCUGUCCGGGCUUAUAUUCGCCGAUCCAAAGGCCUGCUCACCCAUGCAACUAUCAAAAACUUAGCGACACCUUCUGUUCAAAAAAGCCUAGAGCUGCUGAGCCGGUGUCCAAAGCUUGAAUAUCUGGAAGUCUGGUGUCCUUUCAACCACAAUGCAUUUUACGACCUGUUCAAAGGUUCUAGGAAGCUGAAAACACUCGUCGUGUCUGCACAUAUUACUAUGCCACAAGAACAUAUAACCAAGCUUCUUACGGGCUUACCUCUUCUCGAACGGGUCGAGUUCCAUAGCACGAAAGCGUCCUCCCCACCAAGUGUAAAUUGGCCGAUGAAACUUCCAAAUUUGAAGGUUGUGACACUCGGUUCUCAAGAACAAAUGCCUUCGGCUCACUUUACUCCUGCGCUUGAUAUACCUGGACUGUUACAUCCCUCAGAUCCACAUUCACUUCCCAACCUCGAAGAGUUGAAGCUUGACUGGGACCCACCAGUACUACAGCACUACCCUCUUAAGAUGGAUCCAGUGGGAUGCUCACGACUGCGUCGUUUGAACCUUAGUGGUGUCCGUUUUGACGGAAACUUUGGACUGCCAUCCAGCAUAGAAUCUAUCCUCAUCCGCAGGGGCACCGGUGUAGGAGAAUUUCCUUUCUCAAUCGACCGCCCCAUUGAACUUCCCAAUCUCAAGACGCUUGUUCUAAGCGAUAUCUCUUGGGUUACUAUCGGCACCCUACAGGUCUUUUUUGUCGAGCUCGAGGCCCCCAUACGCAUUUUACAUAUAGACAGCUGUUUUAAUAUUAGAGGCACUCAGCUCGAAAUGCUAACCGGAAGCAGCAACUUCAAUGCCUUGGUGGAACUCAACGUUUCACACAUCAGUGCCCUUGACGAUAGAUUGAUUGCCCGUCUUACCAGUAAGAUGUCAGGCUUGAAGGUCCUCAACCUGUCAUACACUGCUAUAACCGGCUGUACAGUCAAGAUGCUUGCGGAUGCUCGCUCCUCGGAGGAGAAUAUAGCCAAGGUCGACCGCAUAUUUGCCAAGGGCUGUGAAGAACUCUCGUCGGAUGCAGUUUCUUACGCGAGAGCCAAGGGUAUCGAUAUCUUUACUUGA